AUGAAGGAAUCCAAAGCUGACCAAGAUCCCAGCCUGAAGCAGGCUGCUACCACUAGUACCACUACUACCGAGUCUUCUUCCACAGCUGAUAAUGGCAAUGAUACCGGUACUCCACCCAAAGCCAAAGCCAAGACCAAGGCCAAGAGUUUCUGGAUGGACUUAAGGCAACCGCAGAAUGUCACUCCAGUUCAAGCAGUUCAAGCUACCCUAUCCCCUCACUCAGAAGAAGGUGCUGAAGAAGUAGUAGAACCCAAAGGCAAGGCUGAUCAAGAGGGUGAAGAUCAGACACGCCCACAGCAGAGUAUUCAUCUACCAAUGAGAGAACCAAAGGCCAAAAAUGAAAGCAGCAAUCAUGACCAGAAGCCAGUGGAUGUGGAUGUGGAUGUGGAUGUGGAUGCUACCAUUGCCCCUAAAGCUGUUCCCAGCUCUGAAGAAACUGGUGCUGAAGAAGAAGAAGAAGAAGCCAAAGACCAGGCGGAUCAAGAGGAGGAACAAGAGGCGGCACAGCAGAUCUCGAGUGUGAAUCCUCCAAUGAAGACAAAAAAGGGAAAAGGAAGAAAUAGACUCAACAAUCGACGCAGAUGGAAAAAACUCAAUGCUGGAACUGGAAAGGUGUGGAAAGGAAGACCAUCUAGGCCUGUACAUGCAAACAGCAACAGAGCCAUUGAUACUACAUAUAGUAGCAAUCAGAAAGAAGAUCCAACAAACAAUCCACAGAUAGAAAAAGAAGAGCCAAACAGAGUAGAAACAGAUCCACAGGAGAAGAAGGAUAUGCAGGAGAAGAAGGAACCACAGGAGAAAAAGAAAGCAGUCCAACUCAUUGACACAGAAAAGGAUAAACCAACACCAGCACCAAAACAAACACAAAGACAAGUCUCAUCCUCCUUCCCACGGUGUGCUCAACAGUACCUAUGGAGGACUCUUCUACAAGGCAAUACCGCUUCCACUUCCACCACCACCACCACUGAUACCGGUAGAGCACAUGUCAAGCAAAACAAACCCAAGAGAACUCUGUCGGCGAAAGCCAAAGAGUUCAUUCCACCAUCCCAACAACAGCAAUCCUCCAUUUACGCAAUGACAACCCAAACAUCCUCACGUAUUGUAACCCCACAAUCCUAUCCAAGUCCAGCCCAUGCUACAGAUUCUAUCCUUCUCAAGAAGAAAACAACAACAACAACAACAACAAACAAAAUAUCCAACACUGCAGCAUAUUUGGUUACCCCGUCACCGCAACCACAACAACCACCAUCAAAACAAUCGUCGUCCUCAGCAGUCGUUGACGAGCAAACCAAUAGCCAUCAAACGGUCAUUAGCCCACACGAUCACGAUACGCCAGAAGGACCGGACUGGGCCGGAGUCUACGAUCACCUUUAUGCGUUCAGUGAUGAUGAAGAGGAACAGGAACUGCAGACCCCACGACGGCGGCGUCCACUAGCGUCGUUGGCGUAUACACCCACCACCGCCGCCAGUAGCAGUCAAGCAUCCACCACCGACAUGAUGGAACCGUUGUUGGAUGCCGAACUCAUGUACCGAAAGUUGGCGUCCUUUGAGGAACCCAGUCUCGUCACGGACAGUGGCAGUUGGGACUUUGACGACGAUUAUGACGAUGAUGCAUUCCUGCAGAUGGAGGAGGAGCAAGAAGAGGAUGAUGAUGAGAACGGCGUCUACGAUCAUUUUGCCGAAAUGGCCGAAUCGGAAGACGAAUUUUGGGAUCGAUUGGAGUCACUCUAUUCUUAUUAUACCAACUGCGACGGCAACGGCAACGGCGACCAUCACGAGGACCAUCACGAGGACAAGACGACGAUGGAAUUGAUUCGAUAUGCCUCUCAAAAGCUUCGCACCACGUACGGGGAGAAUACUACGAGUGCACGUCGGCGUGUGGUAGCGACAGCCGCGACAUGGAUCCAAUCGUCUCCUCCAAACGAGGAACAGGGGCAACAAGGGUGGUGGAUGCGAUCGGGGUUCCGAAAACACUUGUUGGGGAUUUCGCAAGAGACACAACCAACACCAAAUAAUAAUAAUACGCCGCAACCAACAGUCCACAAAAAGCCAUCUGGGGAACAUUCCAAAGGGGGCACCCUCCAACCGGAAGAAGCUGCAUGCCGAGUUCAACAUUGGUGGCGUGGUCGAACACCAAAACAUCCCAAGGAGCCACGAUUGGAGCAUACUCAAGCCACAAAGGAGGACGCAGAACGUGCGGCCGUUCAAAGGCGACAUACUGUCAGCUAUGCAACGUCUAAACCUGUUGAAGUGCCGUCGUCCCUCGAUGAGUCCGCAGCGGCAACCGCAAUCCAGCAUUGGUGGGUCGUCCGUAGAUAUAGUGAAACCGCAGGCCGCAUCAUUGCCAUUCAUUCACCAUCUGCAGAGGAUACCACGUCUCCACCGAGCGAAAUGAUGGCGGCGGCACUUCUUCAACUCUGGUGGAGGAAGAAAUGCUCUGUGUUGCGUCAGACUCUCGCCCUUUCAAGCGAUGUUGGUGAAGUAUUGUUGACACAAGAACGAAAUGCCCUUUCCGAAUCAAACGCGGCAAGUCGCCUUCAGUGUUGGUGGAAGAACAUCAGAUCCACCAGGGCCGCCAAAGUGCCAAACCAGCUUUCAACUUCUCCUGAUUUCCUGCCUGAGCAGACCACAGCAGCCUUGAUUCAUUGUGAUGAAGGCGACCACCCCCCUACAGAGCUCAUCAAUUCACCACUCGACCCGAUAGAUAUACUUUCGCCGACAACUGCUGUAAGCGUGCUCCCUGAAGCCAGCGUGCUGAGUACUGCAGCUGCGCUAAAGCUUCAGCGUUGGUGGAAUGCGACGAGAGGCAGCACAAAGAACAUUCAUGCAUCACCACUUUUGGAAUUCUCCCCUCCUGAAUUGGAUGAACAAGCAGAUUCACGCCCACCAAGGGUGCCAAAGACUCCAGCAGAAAAAUUCAACCUGAAGGAGUCCUUGUCCCUGCCGACUGCCGUGUUCCCAGAGGCAAGCGUGUUGAGUACGUUAGCUGCGCGAAAGCUUCAGCGCUGGUGGAAAGCUAUGAAAGUCAGCACAAUGCAAAUUGAAGAAACUCUAAUGCUGGGGCCCGUUGUUCUAGAAUUCUCCGGGGAAAAGGACGAAAAAGAAGACUCACCAGACAAGACUUCAGGGGCCACAAAAAUCAGGUGGGAAGGUAUGCUGGCUGCUCUCGAUGCUAACGUUGAAACGGGAUCGGAGAUCGGUCCAAAUGAACAGAGUGACAAAGCGUGCUUCGCUCAGCCAUUGUCAUCCACUCGUGACAGUUUCGAUGUACGGGUAGGAGCAGCCCGUUCCAUACAGCUGUGCUGGCGGCGUUCUACCAGGCGUGGGAAGAGUCAGGUUGGAUCUUUUGACCCGGGCGAAUCUUCCGUUGCGGUUUCCCAGCUCCAGCAAGAAGAACAACAGGCGCGACAGCCUUUUGCCCCUGAGUCGCCUCGAGGCCAAACUGUAGAAUCGAAAUCAGCACGUCGGUUACAGCGAUGGUGGAAGCAUGUCACAAUGCGUUGCGAGAUCGAUAGUACAGAGGAGCGACCGAUGAAUCAGCCUUGGUUUCGGAGCGAGAGAAAUAACGAUACUGCGUCGCUUGCGUUGUCUGAGAAAUCUGCUGCUCGGCUUAUUCAGAAGUGGUGGGCGCUGGUUUUGUCGACGCGACGCAACGAUCUUGAUGGCCACUCCAGCCAAGGUGGAAGCAAAAUCGACCCUGUUCGUCAAGAGCAUGCAUCUCUGGAGCAGAACAUGACCAGCGGCAAGGACGAGGCAUUUCGUAGAAGCGAACCAUCUGACGACGACGUUGUUUCAGAAAAGGAAGCAAGGUUGCAGAUGCUUGCGGCCGCCUUGGAAUAUCGAACUCAAGUCAUUGCUGCAAUGGACAAGCAGUUGUGCUCGUUGCAGAGAAGCGUGGAUGAAUUCGCUGCUGCCAUGCAGGUUCAACAGUGCCCGGAUGGGUUGGUUCCUUCGAGUCAAAUCCAAGGAGGGGCUGCGGACGGUGUCCCGUCGACCAGAGCUCUGCUGCAAUCAAUGCCUAAGGAUGCACCCAAAUCAGAAUUUCGGAGUAAAGAAGCUUUUUCUUCUCUGAGCCUCGGCCAAGACAGCAGUUUUCCUGACCACACGAAACAACCAUAUUCACGCAACAGUGAUGAAAUUGAGGCAUUGAAGCAUGUCAAGUGUCUGGACGAUCCAAAUAAUUCUGAUGCUGCGCCAUUUGCAUCUUCUGCUGUUAUGCAACAGCGGAAAGAGCUGCAAGAAAAGCAGUCGCUCCUGUGCAGCAGUGAUCCAGUUGCCUCGGACGGCUCCUCUUCGGAAAUGGAUUAUCAGGCACUGGUCGCUGAGCAGGGUGAAGUCGCCGAUGAUGAAUCAGUUGUUAUCCCACCGAGCUCAACAGACUUCAACGCAAUCUUUCACUUGCAACCUGAUUCGGUUGAACCCAUUGCCAGAAAAAAUGAUCACAAGAGUGAGGCGCAAGAGCUUCAAGGCCCACCAAUCCUGCAGCAACAGGCAGAAGUGGCUCCACCGACUAGAAUCCAAGAAGAUCAGUCAUCUGUUUGCCAUGAGGGUGUUUCCAAUCUCGAAGUGCCAGGAGUAGCCCUGGUUGCAUCUCCCGGCUCAACAGUCAAGCAAGCCUUUCCUCGGCAGUCAACACCCUUGGUUGCACUCAGCAGCGCGGAAGCAAACGCAGUGGAGCCCAUCCAGCAAGCUCAAUCAAUCAUCAGCACAGAGAGCGACAGCCCGAUCCGACGGUAUUCUCAUAGCGACCGAAGCUUGACCCCAGUAUCAGCCCACAACCGGUCUCACCCAUCGACUGAGCAGAAAUUGCCAGAGGGACAAGCCGAGCUCCUGCAUGUCGAGUCCUCCGCUGCUUUACGCGAUGAGAGCGCUAUGGUCGUGGCUGUGCGAGAGGAAGAACAGUUCAAUGCCGAAGCCGAAGCCAGAAUGUUAGAAGGUGAAAGACCAACCGAAACUCCAGGCAAAGAUCCAAUGGCGACCAAGCUCCAAAGUUGGUGGAGAAUGGUUGUAGUCCAUAGAAACUUCAAGCGUCUUGUUGCAGUGGCAAGGCUGCUUCCAGAACGGACACGACACCUCAUGCUGUCCAAGGUACAUGGCCCAGAAUGGGGUUUUCAGGUCCGUUCCUGGCAGCUACAAAGCAGGAGCAGGGACGGCGAUGAUGACGAUUUCUGCGAGGGCUAUGUUGCACCAGCCAUUCAGCUCCAAGCUUGGUGGAGGAUGCUAGUGACACAGAGAAACUAUAGACGGCUGAAAGCGACCAUCAUGCUCCUUCCAGAGCGAACGCGACAUCAAAUGUGCUCAAAGAUUCAUCGCCCUAUACAGUGGGGAUCUCAGGUCCGCUCUUGGCAAGACCUGCAAAGCAAGAGAACGCCUGUUGAGGGGGAGAGUAGUGCCACAUCUGCCAUCCAGCUCCAAUGCUGGUGGAGGAGGCUGGUUGCACAGAAGAACUAUGGACAUCUACAGGCUACAAAGAGGUUCCUCCCUGACAGAACGAAGAGCUGUAUGCUCUCCAAGGUACAGGGCCCAAUGGUUUGGGGGUCUCAGGUUCGGUCAUAUCUGGAGCGAAACAGAUUCGUCGACGAGUUUCAUGUUUAA